CAGAAUUGCCUCUGCACCUGAGAGGAAGAUUAUGCGGGAGCCAGGGAGAACUCUCUUCCUGCUAAGAUGUCUUAUAGUGUGCUGAUUAAAGUCCUACACGAGGCUGCGGGUCAUAUCAUGACAUGUGAGACCAACACUGACAAGAUGUAUCAUGGGAAGCUCAGUGGCAGGGAGGACAACAUAAACUGCCAGAUGUCCAACAUCGUGGUCCCAUACAGGGAAGUGGCACAGCUGGAGAAGGUGUACAUCCGUGACAUUAAGAUCUGCUUUAUCUGCUUUCUCACUUCGCCUGACAUGCUGAAAAAUGUGCCCAUUAUAAAGAGCAUGAAAAAUAAACACCAAGGCUCAGGGUCUGGCCGAGGAAAAGCUGCUAUGCUGAAGGCCCAAGUGGCUGCAAGAGGAAGAGGACGUAGAAUGGGGUGUGGAAACGUCUUCCAGAAAUAAAGAUAAAUUUA